GAACAGUCAGUUGAGGAGAGUUAAACUGUGCAGUUGUUAUUAAAAGUGUGAUGACUCAAUUCUUUUUGUAAUAAAGAAACUUUUUGUGCUUGAUGAAUAAUGCCGUUGGGAAAUUCAGGACAACGUUCUGCGGCAACGCGUACAACUGAUUUUCAAAGGAGUCAAUCCCUAUCCGCUAGAUAUACUACAACCUCCAAUACCGCCCAAUCGUCAAGCUCAAGAUCAUAUGGAAAUUUCGGGAGCCUUUCGCAGAAUAAAUCCUAUUCGACAUCAUCAUCUUCUUCCACGUACAAAGGCUUUUCAACGCAGAAACAUGAAGAAUCGGUGUUUACGAGAAAUUAUGCAAACAGGAGUAGCAUUAAUAAACCCGAACUUUCGUCCAUUUCCAAGGAGCACCUAACUGAUAACAUGGCAUUCACGAAUACGGAAAAGGGAAGUUUUCUGGAGAGGAAGCAACCUUUCAGGACAACUCUCAACACACCUCUGGGAUCGUAUACGACCUCUUCAGCGCUAGCUGCCCGUAGAAAUGCCCCACCACUGACUGGUGCCACAUUUUCGGGAACUUCCUCGCUUAGCAUGCCACGUUUGGAACCACCACCUAUUCCAAUUGGAUAUGAUGCUGUAGGAGCUCGAUCAAUACCUACCUCACCGCCAAAAACAAGCAAUCAAUCAGUCCCACUGGUCCCAUUAGUUGGAACUGCUGCUCAAAAUAAGUUAAAUUCCAAAGCAACAGUGCCAAUCACAAAACCAAUUGCUCCAGCAAACAACAAAAAUGUUUAUGAUGUAAAGGACAGAAAGGGAUAUGCGAUUAUAUUUAAUAAUGAAAAAUUUGAUGGAAACACCAAAGAUUAUCGCGUUGGUAGCCGAAAUGAUGAAAAGGAAUUGCAGAAAACUCUCGGAAGAUUCAGUAUUGAUGUCAAGGUUGAGAGAGAUCCUUCAUUGGGAACAAUUGAGAAAAAAGUCAAAGAAAUCAGUAAAAUGGACUUUAGGAAAAAGAGUUGCCUCUUCGUCUGUAUCCUGAGUCAUGGAAAUCAAGGACAAACGAUUUUUGCAAAGGAUAAGCCAUACAAUCUUGAUAAGGACAUCAUUGAGCCUAUUAUCAGGAACGCAACACUCAUUGGAAAACCUAAAAUUUUCAUUGUUCAAGCAUGCAAAGGAAGCGCUCCAUCAAUUGGAUAUGCAAUGAUGGAUGCAAAUCCUGUUCAGGCUUCAUCCUUGACGAAACCAAGCGAAGCCGACAUUUUGAUUCUCUACUCGAGCUACGAGGGAAGAGUUAGCUACAGAAUGGCCGUAGGAUCAAUCUUCAUCCAAAAGUUGUGUACCUUCAUCAAUACCCAUUACAUGACCAAGAGCCUAGAAGAAAUUAUGAAGGAAACUCGCCGUGACAUUAUAGAAAAUUCAGAUCCUGGCUUGAAACAAACUCCAACGAUGGUUUCUACGCUUACAAAGGAUUUUUACUUCAAAACUCUUUGAAAAAUUAAAAAUUAAGUCUUUUAAAACUUAUUUAAAAUUUUAAAACGUUGUCUAAAAGAUUUUUUUCAAUAAUAAAGAAAGGAUUUCACGUC